CCGCAGAAAGGCCCGAAGUCCGAAAGUCCGAGGAGAUGGGACCACCAUUAUAACCAUUUCGCUACUCACUCGAUCCCUGAUCGCUGGCCGGGCGCGAUCUCCAUUCCAAAAUUCCAAGUGUGAGCUUUCCGUUUGAAUUCGCUCGAUCGAUCGCUUGCGGCCCAUUAAAACCGAACUAGUCCGUAAGCCAUUUAUUCCGCCGCACAGUAUAGUAGUUUCCCAUGGCCACCCCCAUUUCUCAUACCCCACGGCGCCAGCCGGAGCCCAAAUUCCCGGCCGUAAUGCCGCGAAGAGCGAGCACGGUUAGCACCAAUCCGGCAGUGCCCAAAUCGCCGGACGGACUCACCGCCCUGGUGGCCAGGAAGAGCAUCACGUCCAUGUCGGACGAGGAGAUAAUCCAGGAGAACCUCAACGAGAUCCUCGACCUCAAGUCGCGCGAGGAACGAAAGGCCAACGGACGGCUCGUGGCCGUCAUCGUCUGCUUUCUAGUGCUCUUCCUGGCCGUUUACCACGCCUGCGUGCGGAAGUCGGAGAACUCGCUGGCGGGCGUCCUAGUUCCGGCGGGCAUCAUGCUCUCCUACGGCGCCUGGGUGGUCGUCCUGGCCAAGCGGGACAAGCACAGGCGGGCCAUGUUUGAGCGGCACAUCGAGGAGGUGGCCCAGAAGAACAAAAUCGAACUGGAGCAGAAACACGCUCGCCACGCCAAGCAUUCGCCAUCGCAUCCCCAUCCUGGACACUCCGGCACUGAUUCCACGGGCAGCGCAUCGAGCACACUGCACUACGUGAACGAACUGCUCCCAAAUGGGGAGCAUCGCAAGAAGCAGCGACGUCACCGCCACAAGGAGCGACCCGCAGGAGAUCGGGAGGAUCAUCAUCACCAUCCCCAUCACCACCAUCCGGAGAUCGGAGUGCAUCGUGGAGCACCCAAGAGGCCCAGUUUUCGGCAGAAGCUCUUCGGCCAGACCAUAGCCCAUGUGAAGCUGGUGGAGGCCCAGAGCGACAGUACGGAUUCGGCGGGCGGACCGGGUCCGGGUUGUAGUACGGGUCCGAGUUCGAGCACCAUCAAUACCAAUACCAAUCCCGGCGAGAAGCGAGUGAGAGCGGAGCCAUAGAUCUGGGGUCGUAGGAGGGCUGGCCUCCCAAUUGUACCGCGUAAAUAAAUGUAUUAUAAAAAAUAUAAACAGGAAAUUCGCCUUUAUAAAUAGACGGCAAUCAAAGGAAGGAAAUGAUCCGAUCCGAUCUUCGUAUCGAAAUCAAUGCUAAAUACGUGAGAAUUGUAUUGUGCGAACAGUGCUGUCCAUCUGGCUUCUGGCCGCUGCCGCUAGUUACCCAUUUAAAAGUGAAACAAUUUUUUUUAUUUUAUUUUUUCGACUUUUGCCAAGCAGCUUACAAACACACAUUUUUUUUAAAU